CAUACGCGAGGAUUUGGUCAAAGCUUUGACUGGGAGAGAAAAAAAAGUUGACGAAAAAAGUUGCCUUGAGGCAAAGAAAAAGAAGGAACAUAGGUCGAGGAAAAUCUUAAGGGAACAUCGCAGUACACAAAAGAGUAGCGCGCACACGCAUGCUCCGGAGAGACCGUUGAGCAAGAGACAAACCUUGGAUCGGGUUCGACUGCGUAACUUUACCGUUGGAGUUUUUUUGUUAGUAACAGUGUUAAAGUUGGCCCACCCUCGGACGGGUUUAUCCAAGGCGAGUGUCGAAUACGCUUUUUUCCCUGGACAAAAGAUCGAUCGUUGAGUCGCAGUUCCUGGACGGAAGACUUCCAUCGUUUAUAUUCGCUGCAGAUGUGAAGCGAAGGAGAAGGAGAAAAAAAAGAGAGGAAUAUUCGCGUUACAGUGACGAUCUGGACAGGAACAUGUAUGCCCCGGACGUGGCAGAUUGUUUUAUACCAAGAUAAAAAAAACAAUAAGUAACUAAAGCCUCCAGGACCGUUGGAUAGUUUUUCGAAAUAAUAAAAAAAAAGAAUAGACGCCCAUGUUUCGGCCUUGUGCAGAAUUCAAACCCCUUCGCCUUUGGUCCCUCGAAAAGGCGUAAGCCCCAUUUGUAUGUCUGCUCUAAACUCUGUGUUUAGUUCGUUAUAAUUGGGACACCCAGUCCAGUAAGUUCCAGCCCUACCAGGCCUAUCACACCACACACACAACCGCUGGAUCCAUAGCCGCUAUGUCUAACGACGAGGAGAGAUUUAAGUUGGUGGUCGUCGGCGGAGGCGGAGUGGGCAAGAGCGCCCUGACCAUCCAGUUCAUCCAGUCGUACUUCGUGUCCGACUAUGAUCCCACCAUCGAAGACUCCUACACCAAAAUAUGCACCGUGGAUGGAAAGGAGACGAGACUGGACAUCCUGGACACGGCCGGCCAGGAGGAGUUCGGGGCCAUGAGGGAGCAGUACAUGCGAUCAGGAGAAGGAUUUCUGCUGGUGUUCGCCCUCAAUGACCGUGGAAGUUACAAUGAGAUCCAGAAGUUCCACACCCAGAUCCUGCGGGUCAAGGACCGCGAUGACUUCCCCAUGGUGCUGGUGGGGAACAAGGCCGACCUGGACCAGCAGCGAGCGAUCUCGAGGGACGAGUCUCAGGGCUUCGCCCGCGAGCACCGGAUCCACUACAUGGAGGCGUCGGCCAAGAACCGCUACAACGUGGACGAGGCCUUCCUGGAGGUGGUGCGCGCCAUAAGGAGGUUUCAGGAGACGGAGAGCCCCCCCGCCCCGGCCAGCCACACCGGCAAGCAGAAGGGGGGCGGCUGCCCCUGCACCCUCCUCUAGCCGGGGCCUCCGCCCGCCGCUCCCGCCGCUCCCAUCACGCCGCUGUUGCCAUGGAGACCAAAAGCCCCCCCCCCCCCCCCCCCCUCGCCUCGACACUUUUGUCUGAUGGAGCGGGGGAAGAACAGAAAAGCGAGUGUGUGGACCGCGAGCUGCAGUAUUUCCGUCGGUGCAUGAGUGCUAGUGGCCUUGGAGGGGGGAGUGUGUGUGUGUGUGUGUGUGUGUGUGUGUGUGUGUGUGUGUGUGUGUGUGUGUGUGUGUGUGUGUG